CAAAAGCACACACACACACCCACUCACAUGUGAGGCACACACACAGAUGCAGAAGCACAUGCAACAAGAACGCUGGCAGAUGGCAUUUAAGUUGAUAAAAAUCGAAUUUAGAGACUCCGGGGAAGACGGCGCCAUGCUUAAAGCCAAUCAGCUAGAAUAGAGCCUGCACCAAGACUGCGGAAAGUGGAGCGGAGUGACGCAGUUGAAACAGAGAAGCAGCAACAGCAACAGCAGCAGCAGCAGCGACAGCAAGAGUCUGCUGUGAGCGUGGUGGGCGAUCUGCAGUUACGUUACUCAGCUUUGCGUCAGUAAGCUUUCGACAGUUGACAACGCGAGACGUGUUAACGCGUACGGUAGUAGAUAACCGACGGCAACGCGUCGCUGCUGUCGGCGCAGUCGACGUAAACGCUAACAAUAAUUGAGGAAUUAUACGUUGCAUCGACAAAAAAAAAAAAAAAAAAAAAAACAAUAAUAAUAAACACACACACACAAACAGAAGCUAAAAUGCAACGCACUAAUAUUGAAUUCGAGCGUCAACGUCAUCUGGCCAAUUGGCUUGUGAAAAGCAGUCCGCACAUGGCAGCUGCUGCAGCAGCGGGCGCAGCGCCACCCACGGCAGGAGUGGGCACUGGAGCUGCUACAGCGGUUGGCGCAGCUGCUGUUGGCGGAGGAAGUGUGGCAGCUGUAGUGCAAGGGGUGCCCGGUAAUGGCUCUUCAGUUGCUUGUAACGGUGCCCCACCUGGCGUGCAUCACGGCCACAAGCCAGCAGCGUUUGCUGUCGCUGCUGCUGUCGAGGCACGGAACCCGAAGCUGCGUCGCUUCAACUCCCACGACACCAGCUCCAAUAUGUUCUCUGUAGCAGAUUUCGAAAAUGCGCGACUGGCGCGUCGUAACGAGAUUGAGUUGAAGCAGCGGCUGGCACGCAGGCAGCGCAACAGCGCUAAUAGCAGCUACGGCUUGGCGAACAACAGCUCCAACAACAACAAUAUCAACAAUGCAGGUGUCUAUAUGGCCAGCAGCACCGCGGGCUACAGCGGCUUCUGUGGGGGCCUCAAUGGGAGCGGCGACUACUCCACUGGCGACAGUCAAAACUCCAAGUGCAGCAGCAGCAGUGAGGACCCACUGCCCGCUGAUGUGUUCCUAGAGCGGUACCCGUUGCCGCGCGUGGUGCGCAUCUUGUACAGCAGCAAGAGCUCCAACGAGACUCUGCAGUCCAGCUCAUCUAAUGGCUCCUCAACAGCUGCAUCGAGCAACUCCUCGACAGGCGUGAAGCAGCAGUCGCAGUCGCAGUCGCAGUCGCAGUCGCAGUUGCAGUUGCAGUCUCACUCGCAACAGCAAGUGAACGAGCCUGUCACCACUUCAUCCUCUAGCGCCGGCAGCUGCCCCCAGCCUGGCCACGACGAGCUCUUUCUUCUCUAUAGGCUUGUGCGUCAUCGUAUUAUCUAUCAUGGACACAAUGCCAAGACGCAGCGUAAGAAGUGGGUACUAAUACCCCAGGAGUUUCCAGGGUAUUUCUCGCUGCUAAACGAAAAGGGACUGCCGACUGCCACGCAGUAUGUUUCGCUAAUGCAGCUGGUGCGUGAGCGCGUCUACAAGUUUGCGUCGGUGGACAAUAUGCCCGCCUUCACGGAGUCCUCUCCGCCCGGCGGUGCUAACGGGGCGACCAGUCCCACCCACGAGGGUUGCCUGCCCAGCAUGAAGCAGAGGCCGCAGUACGUGAAGACGACUGCGAGGGGAGGGCAGGUGUUCAAGCUGCUCGCUGUCUUUGAGGACGGAAAGCAGGAGCAUCAUGGAAUGCAGCAGCACCAUCAUCAUUCGAAUGCUCUGAACAGCAUUUCCAAGUCGAAUUUAAUAGCUGGCCGGGACAAGGAGAAGGGCCGCUAUGCGCAGCUGCUGAACGAGCAGAGGCAAGUGAUGUAUGUGCCACUGGCAACCAAAGGGAAGUUCUACGAGAUCGAGCCGGGCAUUCCGCAGCUGCUCCAAAAGAUGGGCGACACGCAGCGUAAGCUGAAUCCGGAGUGUGUAUAUCGACUAGGCGCCUUGGUGGCAGCGGCCAAGCAGUUGCCUUUAACGCUGCGCUACAUCUCGGGGCCCGCGGGCGCUGAGAUACCCGAACAGCUGUGCAUAAGCCGAGUGAGUCGGGAGGAUGUCAUCAUUGGCUGCCCGCUGGACGAGCUGGACGGACAUGGCCAGGUGCAGCCGCAGCAGCAGCUGCAGCAGCACCAGCACCAGCAGCAGCUUCAAUUGCGCAAACUCUAUGUCAGCCGGGAGAUGCAGCUAACCAAGUGUCUACUUGGCUUCGAUACGGAACAGCGAAUGCUGGCCAAUGCCCAGGUGCAAAACAUGCUCAAGUUUUGUCAAUUCAAUUGCGAUCAGUUUCUGAAGCUGGUGGAGAUUGAGCUAAUGCAGCCCAACGAGCGCUCAGGCAGCAAAACGCGCGAGGGUCUCAAGAUAUUGAAGCCUUUGCAUCUGCCCAAGUUGCUGCGCCGCGAGAAGAGCAGCAUGGCGGCCACGGCGGCUCAUGAGAAGGAGGACUCCAUCAUUUUUCUGAGCAAAACGGACUUGGAGCAACUGGAGGCUAAGGAGGUGGCCGCAGCAGCUGCUGCAGCUAGCGAGGCAUCCACUCAGAUCACACCAAAUCGUAUUACAGAGCGCAUGAAGGUCUUUCAGUCCACCAAAAAGAAAUGGUUUCGCAAGCAGGAGCACCAGCAGCAACAGCAGCUGGAUAAGUCCCAGACGGAGCUGCAGCUGGAUGCGCAGGCCAAGCGCUUGAGCAUGGAACGCUAUACGGAUAUGUCCAAGCUGUUGCAGGAGCGCUUUGGCAAUGAGGAAGCAGUGGCUGCUUCAGCUGACACGCAAUCGCUGCACAGCGAAACGGAGACUACAACCUUAAGCAAUAGCAUGGAGCGCAACUCAAUGCCCAAAUCUCUGGACACGCUGCUGCAGAAAUCCAUGUCCCUGCAGGACAUUGAGCUGUUGAAUGGGCAACGCGGUCAGCAACGACCUGAUCUUCUCGCAGCGCACGCGGACGCCAUCAGCGAGGCUGGCAAUGAGCUGGAGGAUGUGGAGAAUCAGACGCCGCCGCCGCAAUCCUUCAUCACCGAGAAGCUCUACAAUGAGUUCCAUGUGAAGACACGGCAGUACAGCAAGUCCUCCAGCAGCUUGCAUCAGCUGCGACACUUUUCGCUGCCUCAAAAGAUGCAGCUGCACGAAUCGGAGCCCGAGAAGCGCAACCAGACGCAGUUCCGUGCCCAGCAACAGCUCCAGCUGGCCAAGGAGCCCGUCACAGGACGCCGUGCAGCUGGCGGCGUUUCCUUGCUGGGCGGCUUAGUUGCCCUCUCGCCUGCAGCGCUUGUUUCACCGACAUCGCUGGUGGAAGACGAUCUGCCCUACUCUAGUGUACGUGAUUCUCUGGUCAUGUCCAGCCUGGAGAGCGCGGAGCAGCAGAGGGAGCCAGUGCCCAUUUUGCCUGCCGCUGUGGAUUACGCCAAGGAGAAUAUCUAUGCUGAGAUCUGCGCAUCGCACACCUGCGAUGGCUUCUCGGCCACUACGCAGCUGACGCAGCUGCCAUCGCAUCACGACGAUAAAGGGGAGGACAGAGAUGAUGCAGUGGAUGAUGAUGGAGAUUACGCUUCGCUCAAAUAUCUGCCGAAUGGAUCGCAGUCUGUCAGUCGGGUGGAGAUUAACUGCCCCACAGCCAACACCUCGAUUAGCUACCACACCGUCUACCUAGGCGAAGAGCCACUCGGAGAGCAGCAUGUGACCACCGUGGAACUAGCUGGAGAGGAUAACAUAUACAAUACGCUCAAAUGAUGAUUCUUGUGAUUUCGGAGGCAACGGCUAGCCGGCGCCCAGGGGUUAUUCUGAAUGUGAAAGGACAAUGCGAAUUCUAUAAUAUAUAUA